AUGAAGUGCACCGAAGUGAUCGCAACCUUAACCCUGGCGGUGAUGCUGCUCGGUGUGACCUUUGUGGAGUUUCCCCCAACGCAGGGUGCAAGGCUGGAAGCGGAACACAUCCGGCGGAUUCACCAGAACGCACGCGAGUGCGUGAAGGAAACCGGAAUACUGCCCAAGAACGCAUUCCGCGUGCUGAGUGGCGAUUUCUCCGUGGACACUAUGAAGGCGAAGUGCUUCGUGCGGUGCUUCCUGGACAAGGCCGGAUUCAUCGACGACGAUGGGGUGAUCCAGCAGGACGUGAUCCGGGAGAAGCUGACGGUCGGCAUCGAGCAGUCCAAGGUGAACGAGCUGCUGAAAAAGUGCGUGGUCGAGGGUGACGAUGUAUGCGACAAGGCGUACCAGAUGUACAAGUGUUUUCUCAACAACCACAAGGUACCGAAGGAGCUUUUCCAGCUGCGCAAGGGCGUUGGCCGGAGAAACUUACAGCAGUGA